AGUAUGGCUGGCGACAUUAGCUAGCACUUGCUAACGGUAUUCUCUGCAAAAAGGGAAGACGGCAACAUAAGUGAAAAAACUCAACAUCUGCCUUUGCUUAACGGACUCGUACACCAUUAACUAAUUGGAAAUACGGAAUAAUCAAGACGAAGCGUUAUAACCGACGUUUAGUUCUCAGUUUUUUUAAUUUUGGUUGGGUGUCUUGCUGUCUCAUGAUGGAGGAUAACAGUGCACACUUCUUCGAGGGGACCGAGAAGCUGCUGGAAGUGUGGUUCUCCCGGCAGGACGAGGCCAAGGGGACCGGGGACCUGCGGACCAUCCCGAGGUUUGAAUGGGACAAACUUCUGGAGAAUGUGCACUGUUUGAUCAUAAGUGUGACAAAGACUGACAAGCAGGAAGCUUAUAUACUCAGUGAGAGUAGCAUGUUUGUCUCCAAGAGACGUUUCAUUUUGAAAACAUGUGGAACCACCCUCUUACUGCAAGCACUGGUGCCUCUGCUGGAACUCGCCAGGGAGUACUGCGGUUUUGAUGCCAUCGAGAAUUUCUUCUACUCCCGCAAGAACUUUAUGAAACCUACCCAUCAAGAGUUCCCUCAUCGGAACUUCCAAGAGGAAAUAGACUUUCUCGGACAGAUUUUCCCAAAUGGUGCAGCCUACUGUAUGGGACGUUUGAACGCUGACUGCUGGUAUCUGUUUACUCUGGACUUGCCAGAGUACUGGGAGAACAAGUAUGCGGAUCAGACACUGGAAGUUUUGAUGAGUGACCUUGAUCCAGCCAUUAUGGACCAGUUCUAUAUGAAAGAUGAUGUUUCUGCAAGUGAUGUCACUCGUAUGAGUGGAAUUUGUGACCUGAUACCAGGUUCUGUGAUAGACGCCACAAUGUUCAACCCAUGUGGAUACUCCAUGAACGGAAUGAAGACUGACGGCACCUACUGGACUAUCCACAUCACCCCCGAGCCAGACUUCUCCUACGUUAGCUUCGAGACCAACCUCUCCCAGACUUCGUACGAUGACCUGGUUCGGAAGGUGGUGGAUGUGUUCAAGCCCGGGAAAUUAGUGACCACGCUGUUUGUCAAUCAGAGCUCCAAAUGUCGCAGUGUCUUCGCGUCCAGCCAGAAACUGGACGGCUUCAAGCGUCAGGACCGCCAGCUGGCUCAAUUCAACGAUUACAAUUUUGUCUUCACAAGCUACGCCAAGAACCGCCAGCAGAAGCAGAAGAGCUGAAGGUGGAGGAUGAAGAAGAAGAAGCGUAAAGAAGUAGAAAGCUCCUCUCCUGGCCAGGACAGCAGGCAGAGUUUAUCUUCCACUUGGCGUUGUUGUAUCUAUGACUUAGGCCUCUUGCAUGCUAGCUCUUUUCUCUCUUUCCGUAUGCUAGCUCGCUCUUGCUGUGACCUUCAAGCGCAUGUAGACACCAAAGGCCUCUUCCUGCAGGUGUGCCCCCUAAUCCCCCACAGACAGGGCUUCCGCCCACAUUAGCUCCACACCCUGACCUGCUCACAUUGCUCCGCUUCAUCUAGUUCUGAUUGGUCCACUUCAUCUAGUUGAGAUUGCUCCGCUUCAUCUAGUUCAGAUUGGUCUGCUUCAUCUAGUUCAGAUUGGUCUGCUUCAUCUAGUUCAGAUUGGUCCACUUCAUCUAGUUUAGUUUGGUCCGCUUCAUCUAGUUCAGAUUGGUCUGCUUCAUCUAGUUCAGAUUGGUCUGCUUCAUCUAGUUUAGUUUGGUCCGCUUCAUCUAGUUCAGAUUGUACACUUGUAAAGUUUACGUACACAACAGAUGUUGUUUACGUACACAACAUCUGUUGUGUACGUACAUAACAGCUGUUUUGUACGUAAACAACAUAUGUUGUUUACGUACACAACAUAUGUUGUUUACGUACACAACAGAUGUUGUUUACGUACACAACAGAUGUUGUUUACGUACACAACAGAUGUUGUUUACGCAUAGCGGCUCAUGUAAUAUUGUCUGCUAGAUGAUCUUGUAAAGCUAAAGACGUCAUCAUGUCCUCCAGACUGGAACUUGACUCUUGAAGUCUUGCUGCAUGUCUUGUUACUCCAAAAGUUGACCGCCAUUGACAUUAUUUCCUUACAUCAUUACAUUAUUUCUAUUGUUACAAAAAGGCUCAGUUUGUGGACGUGUGACUCGGUUCCUGCUGAUGCCUUCCAAGCUCCAGUCCAGCGUCCACAACCAGUCUAGUGUACUCUCAGUAGCAUCCUUCUAGAUGUUUGCAGACACGUACAGUAUGUGGAGAAGUCCUCAGUCAAAGUGCAUCCUCACGUACAGUAUGUGGAUAAGUCCUCAGUCUAAGUGCAUCCUCACGUACAGUAUGUGGAUAAGUCCUGAGUCUAAGUGCAUCCUCACGUACAGUAUGUGGAUAAGUCGUCAGUCUAAGUGCAUCCUCACGUACAGUAUGGAUAAGUCCUGAGUCUAAGUGCAUCCUCACGUACAGUAUGUGGAUAAGUGGUCAGUCAAAGUGUCCCCCAGCAUUGGCAGCCAGACACAAAGAAGAUAAGAUGUUCCUCCAGCGCAGCAGUCUGAGCAUGUCAGGGUCAUCAUGGAUCAUUCCACAUCCUUUUCAUUUCUGCUGCCCACAUUUAUUUUCUUUAUAUGCUGUGAAUUCUCCUUUAUUUUCCUCUGUGCAUCUUUCGGCCGGGAGUGAGCGUGUUUGUAGCCUCAAGUUAGCUCAGCUGGGAUCUUCACGUGUUCCUUCCUUGGCUUUUGUGUGCAGCACGGCUCUUGUGGACUUCCAGGAAGGACUUUUCAGCCCCAAUGUCCAUCACACGCAUGUCAACAUCUGCCACCAAGGUCCAGUCCUCGGAAUAGUUCUCUCUAGUUUGUCCAUCUCCUGGAGGUCCCACGUAUGCGCUAGUUAACCAACUCAUAACCACGGUUGAAAUCUCACCAAUAUUUAAUCCUCUUUGGUCUUCAUUGUAGCAUUUCUCACCAUUUGUUUGUUUGCCUUGGACCAAGUUUACCACAAGAAGUUGUCACUCAUUUUGGAGUGAAUGAGACUUGGGAGUAAGUGAGCCCUCGUAGGCUGCUCUCAGCUCUGAGGUGGAGACCAGCCUACGAGAGAGAACCUUUUUAAAAAGAUGCCCCCGACGUUGGGAAUUAGGGUGCUGUUGUAGGACGUCAGCAUGGAUUCAGAAACAUUGCUGUUGUAAUUCUUUUGCUGUUCUUUGGGUGAUGGAAAUGUGCUAAAAAGUAAUAAUAAUAUUAUCUGUGCUCCGAGCUUGAUGCUGAAAUAAAAACAUUUUCAUCCGUG